AUGAAGACCGUCCUAUUAGUAAUCGCCGCUUUGGCUGUGGCUAGUGCUGAAUUGGUCAAUAUCGACUGGUCCCAGGUUAAGCCGAUCGAAGAGUUCGACCACUACUGGGCUCGCAUUCCGAAGGAAUGGCAAUUCCUGCGUGAGCUAACACCAUCUCGCAGGAUCACGAAUGGACAGGAAGCUACUCCUGGACAGUUCCCGUAUCAAGUACUUGUGAUUAGUAGCUUUGAGAAUGGUGCUGCCUUGUGUGGAGGAUCAAUUUUGACCAGAAAUUACAUCCUAACGGCUGCUCAUUGUGUUUUUCGCGUUCAAAUAGGAUUGGCUAUUAUGGGAGUUCACGACCGCACUGCUUUCGAGCCAUCUGAACAAGGAAUCAAUUUCGAAGCCAGUGGUGUCAGAGUUCACGAAGGAUACAGCCAAACAAACAUUAGAAACGAUAUCGCCGUUGUUCGACUGAACCAUGCCAUCGACUUCAAUGCCCGUGUUCAGCCAGUUCGUAUUCCUGCCGCGGGCGAUAGCCGUCAUUUUGCCGGGUUGACCGGAACUGCUUCCGGAUUUGGACGAUGGACCGAUUCCAGCACGGCCACCUCCGCUGUACUGCGGUACGUUAGCAACCCCAUCCUGACCGAGGCAGACUGUUUGGCACGUUGGGACAACAAUGCCAACCUCAUCCAGCCGCAGAAUAUUUGUGUUUCCGGUGAAGGCGGCCGCUCGCCUUGCCAUGGUGACUCCGGUGGUCCGUUGACCAUUGCUGAGGGUGGUAGCUCAGUACAGGUGGGAAUCGUUUCGUUCGGAUCGACCGCUGGAUGCUCGAUCGGAAUGCCGGCGGUUUACGUGCGCGUUACACACUUCCGUCAAUGGAUCGUUGAUAACACCGAUUAUGCGUAA